AUGAGCAUCUCUGCCUUGCUUUCAAUGGGCCGGUGCUGCUGUCGCUGCUGCUGUCCGCGCGGGUUGUGGAUGUUGUCGGCUCCGUGUUGUGAUGACAGGAGAAUGUGUGUGUGUCCCGGGCCCAGACGAAUUGGAAUCCCCGUCAGAAGUGCCAGCCUGCCGCUGUUCUCUGAUGCCAUGCCAGCACCAACUCAACUGUUUUUCCCUCUGAUCCGUAACUGUGAACUGAGCAGAAUCUAUGGCACCGCGUGUUACUGCCACCACAAACACCUCUGCUGUUCGUCGCCUUACGUUCCUCAGAGUCGCCUGCGAUACGCACCCCACCCAGCCUAUGCCACCUUUUGCAGGCCGAAGGAGAGCUGGUGGCAGUACAACACCCAGGGAAGGAGAUACGCCUCCACGCCGCAGAGAUUUUACCUCACACCCCCGCAGGUCAACAGCAUCCUGAAAGCCAACGAAUACAGCUUCAAAGUGCCAGAAUUCGAUGGCAAAAACGUCAGUUCCGUCCUUGGAUUUGACAGCAAUCAGCUGCCUGCAAAUGCACCCAUCGAGGACCGGAGAAGUGCAGCUACUUGCUUGCAGACCAGAGGGAUGCUCUUGGGGGUUUUUGACGGCCAUGCCGGCUGUGCUUGUUCCCAGGCAGUCAGUGAGAGACUCUUUUAUUACAUUGCCGUCUCCUUGUUGCCCCAUGAGACUUUGCUAGAGAUUGAAAAUGCAGUCGAGAGUGGCCGGGCACUGCUGCCCAUUCUCCAGUGGCACAAGCACCCCAAUGAUUACUUCAGUAAGGAGGCGUCCAAAUUGUAUUUCAACAGCUUAAGGACUUACUGGCAAGAACUUAUAGACCUCAACACUGGGGAGUCUACUGAUAUUGAUGUGAAGGAGGCUUUAAUUAAUGCUUUCAAGAGGCUUGACAAUGACAUCUCUUUGGAGGCUCAAGUCGGUGAUCCCAAUUCUUUUCUCAAUUACUUGGUGCUUCGAGUGGCAUUUUCUGGGGCCACCGCUUGUGUGGCCCAUGUAGAUGGCGUCGACCUUCACGUGGCCAAUACCGGCGAUAGCAGAGCCAUGCUGGGUGUGCAGGAAGAGGACGGCUCUUGGUCGGCAGUCACUCUCUCAAAUGACCACAACGCUCAGAAUGAAAGAGAACUGGAACGGCUGAAAUUGGAGCACCCAAAGAAUGAGGCCAAGAGCGUGGUGAAACAGGAUCGGCUGCUUGGCUUGCUGAUGCCUUUUAGGGCUUUUGGAGACGUAAAGUUCAAAUGGAGCAUUGACCUUCAAAAGAGAGUGAUAGAAUCAGGCCCAGACCAGUUGAAUGACAAUGAAUAUACCAAGUUUAUCCCUCCUAAUUAUUAUACACCUCCUUAUCUCACUGCUGAGCCAGAGGUGACUUAUCACCGAUUAAGGCCACAGGAUAAGUUUCUGGUGUUGGCUACUGAUGGGUUGUGGGAGACGAUGCAUAGGCAGGAUGUGGUUAGGAUUGUGGGUGAGUACCUGACGGGCAUGCAUCACCAACAGCCAAUAGCUGUUGGCGGCUACAAGGUGACUCUAGGACAGAUGCAUGGCCUUUUAACAGAAAGGAGAGCCAAGAUGUCCUCGGUAUUCGAGGAUCAGAAUGCAGCAACCCAUCUCAUUCGUCACGCGGUGGGCAACAACGAGUUUGGAGCUGUAGACCACGAGCGCCUCUCCAAAAUGCUCAGUCUUCCUGAGGAGCUUGCUCGGAUGUACAGAGACGACAUAACAAUCAUCGUGGUUCAGUUCAAUUCUCAUGUUGUAGGGGCAUAUCAAAACCAGGAAUAG